AUGGCAACAUCUAUAUCCUCCCCUUCUCAGCGGCCUGAGCCCAUUUCAAUCGCCCCGCUCCUCCAGCGACUCGCCUACCCCGCGGCUGCUGGCAUCCGAGUCAGCGCACAGGAUCUCCCCGCCGUGAGUGCAGAGGAGAUUGCUUCUGCCUUUGCACUAAUCUUUGAGGACCGCCUAUCUCAUAUUCAGACCGCCGCCCUCCUCACAUUGCUCCACUCAACCGGCAAGGAUAGACAGCCAGAUGUGAUUGCGAAAUGUUCUCAAUGCAUGCGAGAUGCUGCUUGCCAAGUUGAGAGAGGUCCGCUUACGAAGAUUAUCAAGUCUCGUAGUCUGAAAGCAGGAAAUUAUCACGGUGGAUUGUGUGAUAUUGUUGGAACUGGAGGAGACUCUCAUUCGACCUUUAACAUUUCCACAACCUCCUCAAUUGUCGCAUCUCCUCUUCUCCUGACUGCUAAACAUGGCAACCGCGCUCAAACAUCGACCUCUGGGGCCGCCGACGUCCUCAAUGCCAUCCAGCCAGUGCCCCCCAAAAUCUCAGCCAUCACCGCCGAGAAUCUGGCCCAGGUCUACGAGAAAACCAACUAUUCAUUCUUGUUUGCUCCGAACUUCCAUCCAGGAAUGAUGCAUUCCAACCCUGUCCGCAGGGGUCUCGGCCUCCGAACGAUCUUCAACCUGAUGGGCCCUUUGGCAAACCCCGUUGACUGGGCACUGGAAGCACGUGUAGUUGGUGUAGCAUACCAGAGCCUUGGUCCGGUAUUUGCCGAGGCGUUCAGACAAAGUGGAGCGAAGAAAGCCAUGAUUGUUUGUGGCGCAGAGGACAUGGACGAAAUCAGCUGCGCUGGAAAGACAAACUGCUGGAGGCUCUCUGAGUACCCGAACCCUGCAUACAACGCCCCAGAAGAUGAUGCAGAUGACUCCAGUGAAGACGACGAAAAUCCCCGCACACUCGUCAAACUCGACACCUUCCAGCUCCAGCCAUCGGACUUUGGCCUCUCUAGUCACCCCCUCAGUGAGGUUGGCGGAGGUAAAAUGCCUAAGCAAAACGCAGCAAAGCUGAUGAGCAUACUUCGGAAUGAGCUUCCACGGGAUGACCCCAUCUUGGAGUUUGUUCUCAUGAAUGUGGCCGGUCUACUUGUCACCUCGGGCAUUUGCGAGGCUGAUACUAGCAACAUGGGACCGGGUGAUGAUGGACAGGUCAUCACCGAACGUGGCCCUGGCGGCGGCCGCUGGAAGGAAGGCGUGCGUCGCGCACGCUGGGCAAUCGAGAGCGGGCAGUCUCUGAAGAACUUGGAGCAAUUCAUCGAAGUAACUAAUCAGCUUUAA